AGAGAUGAGCAAUAUAACAGGAGGAAGUCAUUUUUAUGCUUCAGAUGAAGCCCAGAACAAUGGCCUCAUUGAUGCUUUUGGGGCCCUUACAUCAGGAAAUGCCGAUAUCUCCCAGAAGUCCCUUCAGCUGGAAAGUAAGGGAUUAACACUGAACAGUAAUGCCUGGAUGAAUGACACUGUCAUAAUUGAUAGCACAGUGGGAAAGGACACAUUCUUUCUCAUCACAUGGGACAAACUGCCUCCCAAUAUUUUUCUCUGGGAUCCCAGUGGAACAAUAAUGGGAAAUUUCACAGUGGAUGCAGCUUCCAAAAUGGCCUAUCUCAGUAUUCCAGGAACUGCAAAGGUGGGCACUUGGGCAUAUAAUAUUCAAGCCAAAGCAAACCCAGAAACAUUAACUGUUACAGUAACUUCUCGAGCAGCAAAUUCUUCUGUGCCUCCAAUCACAGUGAAUGCUAAAAUGAAUAAGGACAUAAACAGUUUCCCCAGCCCAAUGAUUGUUUAUGCAGAAAUUCUACAAGGAUAUGUACCUGUUCUUGGAGCCAAUGUGACUGCCUUCAUUGAAUCACAGAGUGGAAAUACGGAAGUUUUGGAACUUUUGGAUAAUGGUGCAGAUGCUGAUUCUUUCAAGAAUGAUGGGGUCUACUCCAGAUAUUUUACAGCAUAUACAGAAAAUGGCAGAUACAGCUUAAAAGUACGGGCUCACGGAGGAACAAACACUGCCAGGCUAAGCUUACGGCAUCCACUGAAUAGAGCUGCAUACAUACCAGGCUGGGUAGUAAACGGUGAGUAUUCAUGAUAUUUAUAAUCCAGUGAUAGUUUGGGUAAUAUUGUGAUUUGAUAUAAUGAAGGCUUCAAACAGUCUGUUUCCCUGGUGGAAUAAACUUUAUUCCUGAUGGAAUAAAGCUCUCAGUCAGACUACGAUUUGCCUGUAAAUUAAUCUAAGCCUUGGUUCAAUGUCUGGCACCUAGUAAGCAUUCAAGCA